ACGCCGGGAGUUGUAGUUCCCAGUGCCGGAGGGGCGGUAAGAUGAGAGCGUCUUUAGUUGCUAGGAGACGGGGAGAUUGUUCUGGGACCGGGGGCAGAGGACGGGGAGAGGAGAGGCGCCGGGAACCGUAGCCCCGACAGCAAUGGCUUCUGCAGGACUGUACAUGGAUUCUGGUGGGCGGCACAUGACGAACUGUUUCCCAGCAAGAAGCCUGUUCCGAACACCUAAUAGAGGGGCCGGUCAUUGGCUGAUGGCCCAGAGGGAUGUCCAGGACCAGACAUUGCGGCCUGUGGUUUGCUCCGCAUCUGCAGAACAGAAGAACAAAUCCGACACCAAGAACAUUACACGUCGCAGCAGUAUCGGGCCCUCACGAGAGCUGACAGAGGGGCCACAGUGCGUCCUGGAUACUGUGUUCCUGAUGAGGAUUCAUCACCUGAAGAAGCCCUCGGACCUGUGCGCCGUGGAUGUGAGCGACAGGAACCUGACUUCUGCCAAGGAGGAAGAGUUUGGCCAGUUCACCUGUGUCGCGUACAUGAAUGCAGCGGAGAAUAUGCUGACUCUCGAGAGUUUCCGGACGUUUCCCGGUCUCCGAGAACUCGAUCUGUCUAUGAAUGGGAUCCGCAGGAUAAGUGUAAGCAUCGGAGACUUCCUGCAGCUGGAGGUCCUGAAUCUGUCGUACAACAGUCUUGCUGCCAGGGAUAUUGCACAGUUGGGGGUACUCCCACGGCUCCGAGUACUCUACCUGUCAGGAAAUGGACUAGCACAUCUGCCCGUGGACCUGAGUGUGUCACCUUGGAGCGACGCCGGAAUUACAAUGUUUCCAUGUCUGGAGAUCCUGAUGCUGGAUGAUAACAAGCUGUCCCACCCGGCUGUAUUCGGGAGCCUGGCCGGCCUGAAAAGCCUGCGUGUGUUGAACCUGGACAGAAAUGCUAUUUCUGCAGUCCCAUACCUACACGAGUCACCCAGCAGAGAGGCCGAGCCAGCUGGGACUGUGGGAGGGAGCAGCCACGGGACGCAGGAGGUAGAGGGGAGAGGACACGCAGAGGACCCCAGCGCGAUGGCAGAGGAGAGACUCGAUUACAUCAUUCUGCCCAAUGGAAAGGACACUGACAGAACAGAAGUGAUUUUCCGAUCCACCAGCAGCCGCCUGAAGUAUGAACCUUUACCGGAACCCCUGGAUACGACCAUCAGCUUCUCCUUCCUGCCCAGCUUUCUGCUCCCCUCCACAGAGCAGCUGUCCGACGCAGCCUCCCCUCCCCUCCCGAACCUGAGCUCCCUGAGCCUGGCUGAUAACAAGAUAAUGUAUGAGGAUGAUCUGUUAGCGGUGGCUCUCUUCCCCUCACUGGAGGAGCUGGUGAUCUAUGGGAAUCCUCUGACCACUCUCAGGAAAGGAGAUCCGCCGUUACUCUGGAACUUCCUCCAACAGCGACUUGGUAUCAAAAUCAUUCGUAAAAAAUCAACGAGACACCAUAAGCCUCAUCUUAUUAUUCCUGUGACAGAAAAGAGGAAGGUCAGAACACACGUUCCCAAAAUCCCUAAGCAGCCGCUGAUGCUAGAGCCUCCGUUACACCCGUUCCUGAGGCUGCCGUUUUACGAGAGUGAUGUAAUGGAGUCUGUGAUGUCAUCAACCCCUCUUCCUCCAAUCAGAACCUCUUCAGCAGGACCGUGUGGCGCACCCAUGGAGCAGAGUCCUGAAUCGGUCGGCUCUUCAGAGACCUCGGAGAGGGAGAUGAGCUUCUGCUCUGACCCCACCGUGGAGUCCGUCUUCAUGACUCAGGUGGACAGUCUGGAUCCCAUCCAUAACUCCAGCCCGCAAACGACCUCAGAGGAGCCGGAUCCAGCCAGCCAUGGGCAGGGAGAGAUCCCAGAGAGGUUCCAGGGCUACGAGGAGCCGGAUCCAGCCAGCGAUGGGCAGGGAGAGAUCCCAGAGAGGUUCCAGGGCUACGAGGAGCCGGAUCCAGCCAGCGAUGGGCAGGGGGAGAUCCCAGAGAGAUUCAGGGGCUACGAGGAGCUGUUUGAUGUGAAGACAGAUCCAGAUUUCAUUGAGCCAGUAGGUAUACAGAACAACGUGCGGGCUCUGGAGUACGCACUGUCGCACCUGCUUGUGUACAGGGACCAUAAGCCACGACUGGACAGCAUCCAGAAGCCGCACAUCCCACAGAGGAGCAAGUUUGGAAGAGAAAUUUGUCAGAUCCCUCAGAAGAAGAAUAGGAAGGAGGUUCUAUCAGAAAUUGUGACAGACAUGAGGGAGCGGCGACAGCUGAUGGAGAUCAGCCUGGAUUCUGCUCUGCAGAAGGAGAAGUCCAGCAAAGAGCACAAAGAAGCAAAACUGCUGCUGAAAGAAUUGCACAGAAAGUACAAAGUGUUCCUCGCAGAGGCUGUGCAUCGCGCGGCGGAGCUGGAGACCAGCCUUCGUCUGAGCGCCCAGGAGCUUCUAGAGGCUCAGAGUAAACUGGGCCACACACAGAGCAAGGCAGUUCAAUGAAGGUCCAGAGAACAUCCUCACGGGUUCAGCAAGUUACUCUGUUCCUUCUGGCUUUUCAGGACACUUACCUUCACUUUAUCAAUGGCGAUGCGAGGAAACGUCCGGUAGAGCUGCUGAGUACUCGGACCUCCCAUGGAACCAUAACGAGCGUCUCGUUGUUUACAUUUCCCAAUAUAAAUAUUCCACCUGUUUCGUGGAGUUUUAUCCCUUUUACUCGCUGCUCCUACUUGUAAACUUCUCCUCUAUAAUUACAUUGGAGUUAGUCCAUUCGUGUUUUAUAUUACAUGAAUAAACUCUCAGAAAUUCA